AUGUUAGUGCAGAAGGUGUGCAGCGGAGGAAAGCCAGAAAGCAAGCGAGCAAUUGUUAAAUGCGACACAUUCGUGUUGAGUAGACCGGCCAACCAACCAACCAGCCAGCUAUCCAUCGUCGACCAUUGAUUUGCGAACGUGUGAGUGAAGUGGCAGCAAGGCAGCAAGGCAGCACGGCAGCAAUAGUAGCGCGCUAGCUGACGAGUAAAACAAAGUGCAUUUUAGCAUCGGACGACACACGGCGAGGAAUGCAGCUGCUGCGUUGCAGCUGUAAAGAAAAUAGUGAUUUCGUUUGAGUUUAAAGAACACUCUAUUGAAAUAAAUGCAUUUAUUUUUUUAACCUGUUUUUCUAUAUAAUACUACGAUACUAACUCUAAUAUUUGUGGUGGUUUUUGUGCAAUCAUAACUUUGUUUUUAUUGCUCAACGCCGGCGGAAUUGUGUGUGGAAUAUAAAAGUGAAAUAGAAGAGAAAAUGAAUAAUCUUACGAAAACUGAAGCAUUACCAAAGACUGGACAUGUCAACGAAGUGUGCAAAGAAUGGCUGGUACGUGAAGACAGCGCACUCGCCUAUAAAUUGCAGUCACAAGAAAUAAAUGACUUCUAUAAGGGCAACCGGCAGCGCAAUGCAGUGGUACGCGAGGAUUUUCCCACUGCACUGAAUGAGCAAAUCAAGGAGAAGGAACAGGCAGAGAAGCAAGUGGAAAUGUAUAGACGUCGACUGUUGGAACAGGAAGCGCAUGACAAGCGAGUAGCGAAGGAGAUUGCGGACAAAUUGGAACGUGACUUGCAGGAGCAGAGGCAUAGGGAGCUGCUGGAGAGCGAAGAGAUGGCGCAACAGAUGCAGGAGCUCUACGUGAAUCUGCCACCACCGACGCGCGGAAAGACGCAUCCGCCACCGCCACGUCCAGCUAAAGCAAGUAUCUUGCAACAGAAUCCAAAUGAACCCUCAACAUCGAACGGUAGAUAUUUUGGUAGUAGCAGUAGUAGUAGUAGCCAGCAUUCGAAUCAUCAACAUCAACAUCAACAACAACAACAACAAUCAUCAUCACAAUCACCACAAAUAUCACAAAUGCCACAACAGCAACAACCAUCCGCUCAUCAGCAACAGCAUCAACAACAAUUGUCGCCCGCCUCAUUUUUGUUGCAGCAAAAACAUUUCUCACAAACCGAUUGGUAUGUAGGCAUAACGGUACAAAAGACACCGUCACCUACAACCGCAUCGGUGGUAAAUGCAGCAGAUUCAUCAUUUCCACCAACAUCCAGCACACGUCAACAGUCCAGAUCACAGACAAAUGCAGCGAGUGGCAGCAAUUCAACCGCUAACGGUCACAUGUUGCAACAACACCAACAUCAGCAUCAACACUCAUUGUCAUCCAUUUCAACGGGCUCGGCUGCAUCAACAUCCUCAGCAGCAGCAGCAGUGGCAGGAGCAGCAGUAACAGCGGUAGCGGCAGUAGCAGCGGGAUCCUCAUCGGUAUUGGCAUCAUCCUCAUUUGCACAUCAACACCAACACCCCCAUCAGCACAACCACUUUCACUCACCAACAGCACAACAACAAAAGCGCAAUGCACUCGAUACGCAUCCAACACACGCACCCUACACCAAACAUUCACCAACAAAACCAUCAACACCACCAAGCGGACACCAGCAGCCGCUGCACCAACGCCAGCACUCAGUCGAAGAACUGAUUGAGUACUCGGAUGUGGUGGACAGCAUACGUCUUCUAGGUGCGAGUGCUGCUGCUGCUGCUGGUGCUGAAAGUGGUGGCGUUAGUGAUGCUGGCUUCCCACCCGAAUCACCCUUACACAACACUUUCAGUAACAAUAGUAAAACCACCAAUCCACCAACUGCUGCUUUGAGCAAUCGAUUGCAUUCGGUGUCGAAUGAGAAUUUGCUUAGAAAUGAAUACAAAUUUCAGAAACUCUCGCCGGAAAAGUACGAUCAACUGGUGGGCAAUGAUGGCGGUGGGCGUGGUGCGAGCAAUGUUACGGCUGCUGAACGGCAUAUGCAGGCGCACGCAGAUGAUAUUGAACUGUACGUGGAUCCGUGUGAUUAUGCGAGUUUGAAGGAGAUUGGCUUGCCCAUGGAAGAGAUCAAGGAGAUGAGCAAAAAACUAAAGCAAGAACAGAAGGAUGAGUUGCUUGCACGUCGUCUACAGCAGAUGGAGGUGAAUGACGGGCUGACACUAGAGCAACGCGAUCGUCUGCUAGCAAUUGAAGCGCAAGACAAGGAACUCGCCAAAAUGCUGCAAGAUCGCGAACGCGCCAAAGCAAAACGUGCCAAAGAAAAAGCGCGCCUACGCAAGUAUCAGCAGAAAGACGCAGUGGCUGCUGCGGGUAGCACCACACUAUGCUCCUCAAGCGGCAGCUCCUCGAACGGCCUGCACUGUGGACCACUGUUGCCGCUGCCACAGGACUGCCUCUCUUUUGGCAAACAUGCAACACACGCCGCCGUACCUUCAACGGCAGUCGCAUGCGUCAGCACUUCAAAAGCGGCAAGCGUCUUGAACGGGGCGGAAGAGGAGGAUAUCAUCGACGUGGAGGCCUAUUCGAAUCCCAUUGAUGUGCUGCAUAGUCAGCAGCAGCGUCAACAUCAGAACGGCACGCUAACUAAUGGCAGUUUGACGCGUGAGGGUGGACGACGCAGCAACAAUAGUCAGCAACACAAUAGCAUUGGCGCCAACAACAAUAGUGCGCUCAAUCGUAUCGAUGAUGAUAUUUACACACUGCCAGUAGAUAGUUGUAGGCCCGGCCAGCGACCCGCUUCUUUGAAUAUCAGCCCAACUGGCGAAGCGCAGCUGUUGCAGCACAAUUCGAUGACAAGAUCUGAAAACUACUCCACUGAUUCGCAUGAUUCACUGAGCCGGCAUGAGUUGGCGCCACGCAUGAACUACUCUCAGUCGAGCACUUUUGAUAAGAGCUCAAGUCCCACACCGCCUUAUAUGCCGAUUCAAGGUACGCGCCGAUCGAAUUCAAGCGACGAUCGUAAAAAGAAGUCCAAGGACAAGUGCACGCAUCAGUGAAAUGGCCACAAUUUAGCCGAAUUGCUCAUUGAAAUACCUAUAAUGCUUACAUACAUACAUACACGCAUACUUACCUAUAUAUGUGUGUUUGUGGAGAAAUGAAACUGCAUACCUACAUAUAACUUAUACAUAUUCAUAGUAUAUAUUUAUUAGUGCAUAGCUGCAUCUCAACUUUGUCAUCACUCACAUCUUUCGUACUAACUAAACGCCUACAAAUGUAAAUUAGAUUACACCAACACGCAUGCCCACCGUUGGCGUGUGUGUGUACUACAAUCAAAAGUUAGCCACGCAAUGUAACAUAUGAACUCAUAUCAAAAACUUUUUCCAUUCUUUUCCUCUUAAGAAAUGUACUUAUUUGGUAAAUAAAUUAUUAAAAAGGGCUUAAAAAAUUUUUUAUAAGCUGAAGGUUAACAAAUUUGUAUGAAAAAAAGAGUAAAGUGAAGUGUAUAAAGCAAAUAGGCUCUGUAAUAGGAAGCAAUAACAACAAUUUGUCCGCAUACCCAUUUAUUGAAUAUUUACACAUACACACACAUAUAUUCAUGUAUAUGUAGCAUAAACAUACAAGUCUUUAUGUAACUACAAUAGUAAUGUAAUUAAAACUACCUACAAAUAUAUAUAUACACAUACAUAUAAACAUAUAUAUAAAUAUACAGCAUAUAUACAGCUAUUGUGAAGUGUUUUUUCGUUUAUUCUACAGAUUUAUGUAUUUGCAAAAUUUAAAAA